AUGAAUAAUAAACUAAAGUGUACCCAAUGUUUCAAAAAAUUUAGAAAUAUAUUUAGCCUAAAAACUCAUGGUCGAAAAUAUCAUGGGAUGUAUAGUAGGCAGUCAAUGCAUUGUUUUGAUAGUAACUGCAAUUUCCUUUGCUCCAAGCUAAGUCAGUACAUCAGCCAUCUGAAUGAUAAACAUGAAAUGAACGUUAAUUUUGAGCUUCUGUGGUUCUCAAAUGAGAAGGAGUUUUCUGAUUGGUUGAUAAAAAUAGAACAAGAAACUCCGUGCAAUUUUCUGAAAGAUAAAGAGAUAAUAAACAGUGAUGUCCUGAAAACUUCAUAUUAUUAUUGCAGUCGAUCUGGUAAAUAUAGAUCAAACUCUUUCAAAUCAAAGAAACGACAAACUAAAAGCCAAGGGACGUGCAAAAUUCACAAUACAUGCCCAGCCCACUUCAUCAAAUACCUAAAAAAGGAUGAUGGUUCAAUAACCAUUCGAUAUGUCUCGACACAUCUCUGUUUUUCAAAUCGUUUUCAGCAGUUAGGACAUAUUAGACUAUCAAAAUUCGACAAAAAAUGGGUUCUAGAUAGGUUGAUUAAAAAUUUUCCUUUUUCAAAGAUAUUAAACGAGGCCAGACUGGCUGCCAGAGACACUGCUGUCACUGACAGGCGGCAUCUUCUAACUAUUCAAGAUAUACAUAACAUUGCAAGGGCAAACAAAAUAAAGACAUUGAGGAAGAAAUAUUCUCAUAAAAAAAACGAGCCAGCUUCAUACACGUCACCAGAUGGGUCCCAGCCAACGUUGGAUCUUUUGCUAGCUGCCUAUAAAAACUCAUCAUCAGUCACUAAUUCCCUAAUCCAGAAAAUUGUCAACGAAUCUAAAAUAUUACUGUAUAAGCAGCAAAACAGUCAAAAUUUUGACAUUAUAGAUGAUAAGUUGAUGAAGUCAUUAUCCUCUCCAGUUGUAGGGAUGUGUUGCAAUAAUAAUGAUGACUUCAUUUUUGCCUGCCUCAUUUUGUCUAACAACACUCUGAUAGAAGAUUUCGAAGCCUUCAAUUAUAUUUACAUUGAUCAAACUCCUAUUAAUAUUACGAUCAAUGAAGAUGAUGCUAGUGAUGCUGCUAACAACAACAACAACAGCAAUAUUAAUAAUGAUAAUUAUAUAGGCCAAAACACAGCAAUUACGUUAGCGCCAUUAGAAUCAAGAUUUUGCAUAACAACACUAGCUGCAUCUAAGCAAGGCAGUAGGUUCAUACCAUUUGCAUUCAUGCUGUCUAGGGAGGAAGAUGACGCUAUAAUUGAGUUAUUUUUUCGCGCUAUACACGCCAAUCUCGGACGUUUAAAAUGUAGUUUCUUUGUUGGGGGUUUAUUCUCUGAGGUGUGCUAUCGAAUUUGGACUGAUGUUUUUUCAGACAGGCCCAAGCGUAUUUUUUGCCGGAUUUUAUUGGAGCAAGACUUGAAGAAUUGUUUGAAGAGUUUGAUAAAAGGUAAUAAAAAUGUCGGUCAGAGUGCUUACCAAAAAUUAAAAAAGUUGAUGCUAGAUGAUGCUGAUGAUGACGAUGGCGGGGAUAAAAUACAAUACGUCACUAAACUUAAUCAGUUGUUCAGUGAAUUAGGAUUGAGUUGUGAAACUUCACAAUUGGCCGAUCAUUUUCAUAAACGCUUCCUACCUUACGUGCAGAAAUGGACUAGAUUUUUCAACAAAUCAUCACCAGCCACAUUAUCUACGCCAGUAUCGACAUCAUCACCAUCGCUACUUCCACCAUCCUCAUCAUCAUCGUUCCUAACUUCAUCAUCAUCAUCAUCGUCGUCGUUCAGCGCAGUUAACCGUGAAGUUAAUUCCACUCAGAUCAGGCAGUUUUUUAAUACAUUUUUGAUUGAGAAGAACCUCUCCGUCGAUAGCGCCAUCUGGAUGGUUUUGACAGCCAUACACUCACACAAGUAUGACCACCUGACAGCUAUUUGCAAGGGCAAAACUCAAGAUAAUAACUCAGAAAUCGAACGCAUCCACGACGAAAUGACGUCAUUGAACCCGAAUUCCAUCUUACUUACUAAAGACGAUGAUCAUUGGUUUGUCAGGUCUGAAAAUCCUGAUUUUCAUUUUUACGAAGUUACGAGGUCAGUUAACAGGUGUCACUGCCAGGUGAAAUGUGGACGAUGCCAGGUUUGCAUUCACAAUUUUGCGUGCACCUGUCACAUCCCUGACUCAGAAAAUGACGUCAGACAGAUGUGCAAACACAUACACCUGCUUUGCAGUCAACAAAAAAGCAAAAGUAGCUUAAUAGAAAGGUUAAAACUUAACUCUAAAAAAUUCACCGGAAAUGAAUCAAACCAACCGCAAAAUUCGUAUUUAAAUGUCUGCAAAUCAUUGGAGGGAUUGAAACACGCCUGCAAUGGUUGCCAAAGUAGCGAAAUUUUAGAGAUGAUCAAUCAGUCGGUCAACUCAAUGAUUCAAGUUGCUAAGAAUUGCACCGGAAAAUAUUUGAAGCAGGAACCUUUGAAUAAUGCAAGUGGCCAAAGAGGAACGAUUAAACGUGAAGUUAAAUUGGCGACGGCAAAUGAACUUAAUAAAAAAUUUGUAAUUUUUCCUAAUCGAAAAAAUUUCAGCCGUAGCAGCAGCGGCGGCUGUAGCAGCAAUGAAAAUUAUGGUAAUAAUGAAAAUGACGACAAUGAGAGCGUUGAUCUAGGCAUAGUAAAUUUAUUUAAUCAUCUAAAAAGUUACUCUAAAAAUUCUACUGCUACUAAGUCUGGUGCAGCUACUACUAGUACUACUUCUUCUGAAAGUAUUGUAGUAUUAUCGGAUUAUAGUAGUAAUAGUAAUAAUAAUAGUGUUUUAAUUAAUAAUAAUAAUAUUGAUCAUAAUUCUUUGAUGAAUCACAAUGAAGAUUUAAAUCUUCGAAAUAAGUUGAUAGAGUUAGAGAAAGAGAAAAUUAAAGAUGGUGGUGUGAAGGUUGUUCUAAGUCAACAACAACAACUACUUUUACCUCAACUAUCUCGGCAGGAGCAUUUGCAGCAACUUCUGCGACUUCAACAAGGUCACGAGCAGCUGCAGCAACUUCUGCAACUUCAACAACAUCAUGAGCAGCAACAACAAAAACAACAAAAUCAUCCUCAUCGAUUAAGCAAUCAGUACAUCUUUCAAACGCAAAAUACGUUCUUAAAUAACCACCACCACCAACAACAACAACAUCAACAACAACAAUUAUUAUUACCGUUAUUAAAUCUACAACCAACAACGUUUGAUAGUGUCUUUAAUGCUACUGGCACACAUUCUCUACCGACAACAACCAAACCACAGUUUAUUUUGUUGUACCCAGCUGAUGGCAACAAUAACAGCAACAACAGAAUUGUCAUCAGCAACAACAACAACAUUAACAACAACGUCACCAACAAUAACAAUGAUAUAACCAACCUAUAA